AUGGAAAGCCAACCGUCACCCUCUGCCCCUGCAAAGUUCCCGAUUUCUGUGGGAAAAUGCUACGCGCAAACCGCCAACGAGCGGUUUGGCGAUGGGGCCAGAGCAGCCAUCCGCCAGCGCGAACGUUUGUCCCUAGGCUUGCACCCCACCGACGCCGAAAUACCCUUUACGUGGCCUUCCGAAGAUGACGAGAAUCAGGCUGGCCCUGAAUCUUCCAUCUAUAGACUUGUACCGAGCAUGCAGAGUUACAGGAACAACCUUACGGCUCUCUCUCAAGUGUUCAAUCUCUACUUUGUCGCCUACCAAGGUCACAUAUUCGUCUACAAACCCCGCGGAGUACCGCACCAAUCGCUUCCUUGCCACCCCGAUCUUCAGCUCAAGCCCGAGCCGAGUCCCUACUCCCGUUCGGUCGGAGGAUAUCUCGACCCGAGAAGACCACAUCUGAUCAACCAUAUCAUCACUGGGCUAGUUGGGCACGAAGAGAUUGUGCUUGCGUGCUACGAUGACGGCGAUGUGGUUGCGUACUACACGAAGGAUAUUGGCACAUACGUCUUGGGAGGCCGUGGAACCACUGGCUCGUCACACAAAGCUACACCAAGGCCCUUCUUCCGUGAGAAUGUCGGCAUGUCUGCAUGGGGUUUGGCUAUACAUCAAAAGUCCCGCCUCCUUGCUGUCAGCUCGAACCGUCACGAGGUAAUUGUGUUUGCCUUGGCGUUGACAUCAGACCCUUUCAAGCGGAAAGAAGCCCCCUCCUCAGACUCUCAAGAACCUAAAAAGAAGACGAGUCAUCGACGAACCCGCAAUUGGAGGAUUGUCAUUAUGAUGGGUAGCGACGCGGAUAAUAUGCCCAAUAUUUGUUUUGUGGAUGACUUUGAAGGCCAGGCUCAGAAGAUCCCAAACAAUCCUCAUCGAAGGGCAGCGCAGCCUGUCAUGGCUCAAGCUCACCCUCAAAUUAUGCAACUGCCGUUCGGCUUUCAAGGACCUGGCCCCCUCUUGGACAGCGAAGAAAGUGGUGGCGAAAGCGCAGAUGAAGACGAUUUCGAAGAUACAGAGCUCGGAAGCGAGGAGGAGGAGGAGGAUGGAGACGACGUAGAGGACGACAACCAUCAGGAUAUUCUUGGCGCCGAAACCUUCGCCAUGAUUCCUACAGGUGGGACGUUCCCGGCAGGCACUGUAGAGCACGCUCUGAUUGCCCCCUUCACGUCCCACGAUUCGUUUGAUACGCUGAACGCAUUCCUGGACGACUUUGAUGGCAAGCUCUGUGAGGAUGGGACCAGCUCGGACGAGGAGAUUCUUCCCAGAAAGGCCGACAUGACUUAUUUCCCCCACAGCGGCGAGAUACUCGAGACACCUCGACAGCCAUCCCGGAUGAUAGGGUUCCUGAAGCGACCACCUUGCAGCAACAAUAAUCGUCAAGAACCAGAAGCUCGGCUGGCUGGGCUCAAACGCAAGUUCUUUCUGUUACGAACGUACGAAAAGGAUAUUGAGAUGCGGCCAUUCUCUCGAACGCCGGACUGGGACCGCCGAGUGGAGUUUGGUGUUGUCUGCCCAGACGCAUUGAGGUUUGGCAGGUUCAAGGAGGUUGGGCUCGUUGCACACUUCCAUGCAACUGGUAGACUCAACAUGAUUGCGCUGGCGCCAGAGCUCGCUUUGGUGGUGAUUGGAUCACCGAUUGGACGGGUGGUGCUCCUGACGCUGACACGCAAGGCUGUGCCGUCAGAGCGCGAGGAAGGAAUCUGGGAACACGGGUUCCGAGUAGAGUGGGUGCUGCCGACGCAGUCAGAUGAAGAGGAGCACAGGAGGGUGCUUCGGCCGAUGCACGGCAUGGCCCUGAGCCCCAUCCAGACGGACGACGGAGCUGGAACCGGGCUCCCACGGCGGUACCGGUUGAUGCUUCACUAUCGAAACCACGACAUUUUGUCGUACGAGUUGACGCGGAAUGAGCAAACGGGAAAGCUUUGCAUAUUUUGA